AUGCUGCGUUUAGCAAGGCCUGUUGGCGCCUCUGUGCGCCGGCAAUUACUUGCCCAAACUGCUUUGUCUCAGAGGAGGGCAUUUGCAGACAGGAAAGAUUCAAUCCUGAGCUCGGAUCCGGCGUUCUUGCCAGGCAGUCAAUCUAGCGCCGCUCCGGUCAAGACAGAAGUUCCCUUGGGCCCCGGAGGGCCUGGAAGUCCAGCUCCGCAAACAGCCAGCACGACCUCUCCUACGCCCUCUUCACCUUCGAGCUCUACCAUUCCUCCCCAGAAUGUCCCGCUCGCACCCCCGAGCCCCGGAAAGACUCAGACAGCUCCUCCUACGACUCCUUCGUCUGUAAGUCCAGCCGAGCCUCCUCCACCUCCGCCGCCUGCUCCCCAAAAGCCACCAACUCCCCGGAAGAGAUUUUCUCGAUUUCGCCUGCUGCUCUACCUGAUCACCUUGAGCGCCCUGUCAUACGGAGGGGCUGUCUUCUACGCAUUGAGAAACGACAACUUCCACGAUUUUUUCACCGAAUUCAUCCCCUUUGGAGAGGAUGCAGUCCUAUACUUCGAAGAGAAGUCUUUUCAGAAGAGAUUUCCGCAUGCAAGACAUAACGUCACAAGGCCUCCUCGAUCUGACGCAAGGCCGGAUGACGCCAAGGUAACCACGAUUCCGCAGAAGUCUGGGCUCUCAUGGCGACCUGUCGAGGAACCGGAACAAAAGGGGAGCGAUGUCACACAAAAGGGCAAGCACAUGAGUGCCUUGGAUGCUAAUCCGGCGGUGACACCAAAGGAUGCUGCAGAUGCUAAACAAGAUCCUCACGGUGCAACACCGAAGGAGAGAAGUGUCUCGGUAGAUACAGCAAAGAAGGGCGCAGCAGCAAAACAAGAAGGGAAACCGACAGAGUCCGCGUCUCCACCAGCUGUGCAAGAUGCUUCUGCUACGCCAUCCCAUGACCCAGGUCCGGCAGCGUCUUCCAGUUCAUCGACGAGUGAUUCACGACCGCCUGCUAUCCCACCAGUGACACACAUCUCUCCAGUCACAGUGCCCAACGCCGAAGAGCCCGUGGUACAAGAACUGGUCAAAAUCAUCAAUGACCUUAUCACGGUCGUGAACUCCGAUUCUCCCGAUGCUGCCAACAAGUACUCUGCACCUAUGGCCAAGGCUAAAGAAUCACUCGAACAGGUCGCCAGCAAGAUCACAACGCUGCGUGACGCAGAACGCAAGGCGGCUGAGGAGCGAAUUGCACAAGCACAUAGAGAGUUCGAGGAAGGAGCCAAACAACUCCUGAAGAGGAUCGAGACGGCACAGGCAGAGGAUGACGCUCGCUAUCGGGAAGAGUUCGAGACGGAACGAGCCCGUCUCGCUCAGCUAUACGAAGAGAAGGUGAAGACCGAGGUCCAACGGAGCACCGAGCUCGCGGAGCAGCGACUCAAGAAUGAACUCGCGGAGCAAGCAAUCCAACUGAAGCGUGAUUUCGUGGCCCAAAUCAAAGAUCUGGUGGAGUCCGAGCGACAAGGAAGAUUAAGCAAGCUGUCUGAUCUUAGCACCAACAUCGACAAUUUGACGGAACUCACAUCGAAUUGGAACGGCGUCAUCGAUUCCAACCUUGCAACCCAGAAGCUGCAGGUCGCCGUGGAUGCUGUCCGUUCGGCCCUUGACGCAAGCGCUGCUUCGGAUGCGAAACCUCGCGCGUUUGUACGCGAACUGGCCGCUCUCAAACUCUGCGCCGACGGUGAUCCUAUUGUCGAUGCAGCUAUCGCGUCCAUCAACCCCGCCUCAUAUCAGAAAGGCAUCCCCUCUCAGCCGCAAUUGAUCGACCGCUUCCGUCGCGUUGCGCACGAAGUCAGGAAAGCAUCACUCCUCCCGGAGAACGCGGGUAUCGCGUCGCACGCCGCCUCAUUAGUCCUGUCGAAUGUGCUUUUCAAAAAGCACGGACAACCCACGGGCAACGACGUGGAGAGUAUCCUCACACGAACAGAGACGUUGUUAGAAGAAGGCGACCUCGAUGGCGCCGCGAGGGAGAUGAACUCUCUCACAGGGUGGGCGAAGGUGUUGAGCCGGGAUUGGUUGGGAGAUGUGAGGAAGGUGCUUGAAGUGAGACAAGCGCUAGAUGUCAUCGAGACGGAAGCCCGGUUGCAGUGCUUGAGGGUUGGAUAA